AUGACUGCAGCGCCGGAAGCCAGGCCGGGGCUGCGGGACCAAGUGGGAGCCUGCGGGCUUCCGGGCCGUGAGGUGUGAGUCAAGGGCGGGGCGCAGUUGCCGGCGGAAAGGGCGCGGCGCGGUGGGCGGUGGCUGCCCCACCUCCCGGGCCCCUGGGCUUCUCCGGAAGCUCCCGGCCAGGUGCUCGCACCGGGCCGCCUUCGGGCUUGCUCUCUCCACAGUCGUCGGUCUCGGGCGGGGAGCUGGAGCCCCACGGACUAGUAGGGCACUCGAGGGGCCGCCUUUGCCCGAGGAGUCGCUCGAACUCAGACGUCGCAUCCUAGUGCGACCCCCACAGUCGGAGGUAACUAGGCAGAAGCCGCCAUGGAGCAGUGUGCGAGUGUGGAGAGAGAGGUGGACAAGGUCCUACAGAAGUUCCUGACCUACGGGCAGCACUGCGAGCAGAGCCUGGAGGAGCUGCUGCACUACGUGGGCCAGCUGCGGGCUGAGUUGGCUGGCGCAGCUCUUCAGGGGACCCCUCUCUCAGCUACCCUCUCCCUGGUGAUGUCCCAGUGCUGCCAGAAGAUUAAAGACACAGUGCAGAAACUGGCCUUGGACCACAAGGACAUUCACAGCAGUGUCUCCCGAGUGGGCAAAGCCAUCGACAGGAACUUUGACUCUGAGAUUUGUGGUGUGGUCUCUGACGCGGUGUGGGACUCGCGAGACAAGCAGCAGCAGAUCCUGCAGAUGGCCAUCGUGGAGCACCUGUACCAGCAGGGCAUGCUCAGCAUCGCCGAGGAGCUGUGCCAGGAAUCAACACUGAAUGUGGACUUGGACUUCAAGCAGCCAUUCCUGGAGUUGAAUCGAAUCCUGGAAGCUCUGCAUGAACAAAACCUGGGGCCAGCUUUGGAAUGGGCCACCUCCCACAGGCAGCGCCUUCAGGAGCUCAACAGCUCCCUGGAGUUCAAGCUGCACCGCCUGCACUUCAUCCGCCUCCUGGCAGGUGGCCCUGAAAAGCAGCUGGAGGCCCUCAGCUAUGCCCGGCACUUUCAGCCCUUUGCUCGGCUGCACCAGCGAGAGAUCCAGGUGAUGAUGGGCAGUCUGGUGUACCUGCGGCUGGGCUUGGAGAAGUCGCCCUACUGCCACCUGCUGGACAACAGCCACUGGGCCGAGAUCUGUGAGACCUUUACCAGGGAUGCUUGUUCCCUGCUGGGGCUCUCUGUGGAGUCACCCCUGAGUGUCAGCUUUGCCUCUGGCUGCGUGGCGCUGCCUGUGCUGAUGAACAUCAAGGCUGUGAUCGAGCAGAGGCAGUGUACAGGGGUCUGGAGUCACAAGGAUGAGCUACCGAUUGAGAUUGAACUAGGCAUGAAGUGCUGGUACCACUCAGUGUUCGCGUGCCCUAUCCUCCGCCAGCAGACGUCAGAUUCUAACCCUCCCAUCAAGCUCAUCUGUGGCCAUGUUAUCUCCCGAGAUGCCCUCAACAAGCUCAUUAAUGGAGGAAAGCUGAAGUGUCCCUACUGUCCCAUGGAGCAGAACCCAGCAGAUGGGAAACGCAUCAUAUUCUGAUUCUUGCCCAGAAGGAACUUUGUGGAGAGGAGUUUUUCACCCAUGAGCCUUGGUCUGUCUCACUGGGGGUGCUUGGCUUUGGUUCAUUGUGGUUUGUUUCAGGCUGAGGAGUAUCAGUGUGGGCAGGGGCCGGACCAGCCAAGGAGGGAGAUGGACCAACCAGCACCAGGCAGCUGGCUCCUUGGCUGUGAGGGCAGGAGAUGCUGGCCUCUAUACUCCAACUCAGCUUCUCUGCUUGUAUUUGCCAUUGGCUUUGCGGCAACCAAAGAGGGGCAAAGAACUUGGCCAGCAGCAGACAUCUUUCCAUCCCUACACUCAGCCAAGUCUCUUAGUGCCACACCACCUGUGUCCACUCUGGUUACUGUACAGCUUUCCAACUGUGUCCAUGUUCCACUGUAAAUAGUCUGGGUUGCAAUUGAAUGCCGUUGUUUUAUAGCUGAGCAAAUACAUUCAUAGGCCUU